AUGACCAGCUCAGACCAGGAAAAGCAAACAGAGCCGCACCUACCAAGAGAUGAUUUAACCCGACUGCGCUCCGCCUCCCCCGCCAUCAAGCGUCCUGCUUCCGACAUGGGGGCCCAGGACCGAGAAGAACAUACCAACGACGUUGAAAUGAGCAAUGCUCCUGGUCCCAGCUUCGUCAUCACUUCCGAACCUCAGACUUCCGACCUCAAGGCAAAACAGCAAGAUACUGGCAAAACUCAUCAUGACCGUAAUACUAUGACCCAGGCACCACAUGCCAGCCACCCUGGCGCUGUGCAGCAAGAUGCUCCCUCCGAGAGCAACGGCUCUUCAUUGUCUGACUCGCUUCUGCCCACACCAUCCUCCAAUUCCACAACGGCUACUUCAAUAGUGACGCCCGAAAUCCCACCGACUUGCACAGACCUCCCUUCUUUCGAUGACCAGGAUACCAAAAUCAGGGAACUGGCUGAGAGGAAAAAAUCCGAAGGGCAGAAAGGAUUCGUGGUCUCUACAAAAUGGUGGAACCGGGUACAGGCCCGUCGGUCGCACACGGACGCAAAGGUAGACAAAGAUGCGGCCGAAGGAGAGAUUGGCCCGAUUGACAACUCGAAUCUUGCUAUGGUUACCGAAGACUCGAGCAAGCUAUUCGAUCUAGCUGACGAUAAGUUCGUCGUUCUGAAACCAGGCCUCCGCUACGACGAAGACUACAUCAUUGUUCCGCAGGAUGGCUGGGAUCUUUUAGUAUCUUGGUACGGUUCUGCAAAGGACUCUCCGGUCAUCACACGCUAUGCCUACGAUACAAAUGGAGAAGACGCCUUGUCUCCCAAUGUCGAUUGGGAGCUUGAACCGCCUAUCUUUACCUUUCUGAAAGUACCGGCUGAGCACACUCCGCAGACCCAAAAGCAAACGUCACUUCCGCCUCCAAAGAUGGUCGCCAGCAAGUAUAUGUUGGCCAACGAGUGGCUGAAGCGAGCGAAGCAGCUCGUCCACAUCGAUCUGAAGACCAAGGUUCGCCCAUGGCGUAUACUAGGUGGAUUGAAGAGUCACGCUGCUUCUGGGCUUCCCUCGCCUGCCGCAUCUAGGAGCUCUUCUCCGGCGCCCGGUACGGAGAUGGUUGCUACUGUUCCAGACAAGAUGCUGCUCGAUGUUAACACUUUCGUUGCGCUGCCUUCGGGUGAGCACCGGGACGAGAUGACUAUGGAAGAUAACACCGCCAACGAGAAAUACAAUGGUAAAUCCAAACUUAGCAUGUUCACUGGGAGAAGCGAUCUCGUCGCUCUUGAAGAACAAAAGAAGGGUGGCGACUGGCCUAGCGAAACCAGUCGUUUAUCCUUGCCGAAGAAUCUGAAGGACAAAGCCAAAGGCUUGACACCCAGUGGCAGAACAAGUCCCGCUCCAGGUGUGACAACUCGUGGCAGAACGCGCAGAGAAGGCCGACCGAAAGGCAACAUCGGCCUGACCAAUCUUGGCAAUACCUGCUACAUGAAUUCGGCACUGCAGAGUAUCAGAAGUGUGCAGGAAUUGACAGAGUACUUCUUGUCCGAUAUGUGGGCUAAAGAGCUGAACAAGAAGAACCCUCUUGGUCACAACGGCAACGUUGCCAAAGCUUAUGCCAACCUGGUCAAGAAUAUCUUUGAAGAACGAGCAGGGGGUGCUUUCACUCCUCGGGACUUUAAGCACACUAUUGGCAAGUACAACCCCAGUUUUGCAGGCUACGGGCAGCAAGAUUCACAAGAAUUCCUUCUGUUCCUGUUGGAUGGCCUGUCGGAAGAUUUGAACCGCAUCCACAAUAAGCCUUACAUCGAGAAGCCUGAUUCGACCGACGAGAUGGUGCACGAUCAUGCAGCGCUGAAAGCGUUUGCAGACCGAAAUUGGGCUGAUUACAAAGCCCGGAACGAUUCAAUCAUCACUGAUCUUUUUGCUGGCAUGUACAAGUCCACGUUGACUUGUCCAGUCUGUGAGAAAGUCAGUAUCAUCUUUGACCCUUUCAGCAACCUCACCUUGCAGCUGCCAAUCGAAAGCACCUGGUCCAAGCUAUGCGUAUUCUUACCUUUGCAUGGCCGACCGAUGAAUAUUGAGGUUGAGGUGGACAAGCAUGCCACGAUGCAAGGCAUGAAGGAAUUCGUGUCCAAACGCACCGGUGUUGCUGCCGAACGCUUGAUCAUUGCGGAGGGUUACAAAUGCAAGUUUUACAAGAUCUUCGACAAUCCCAUGGUCAUCUCAGAGGCCAACAUCCACGUACAGAACGAUGUCAUCUUCAUCAUGGAAGUAGAAGAUGUACCUACCAACUACAAUCCGAACAAGAAACAGGUGUACAGCAUGUUCGGCUCGAGUACACAGUCGGACGAGAUCGUCGACCCGGAGUCUGCAGGCGCAGACAAGCUAUUGGUGCCUGUAUUCCAUCGAUACAUCAAGAACGCCAAUGACCCCAAACGCCUAUCUCAGCGACCCUUUUUCGGCUACGCCAGCUUCGUGGUCCUAGACCGGGAGGACAACAAGACGUAUGACGGUGUCCUACGAAAAGUCCUUGGCAAUGUGGCAGGAAUGACAACCCGAAAUAUCUUUGAAGAAGUUGGUGAAGAUGACAGCUCCGAUGCAGUCGAGGUCAACGACGACAGCUCAAGAUCAGGCACCAACACCAACGAAGAUGGCUUUGUGGACGUGUCAAUGCGUGAUGCAUCGGUGGCGCCUGAAUCUACCGACAGCGAGAGUGCUGCACUUGAUCGCUUUCUCAAAUCAGAUAAGCCAAUUCCCGAAGCUUUGAAGAGCUUGUUUGACAUCUGUGUCAAGUCUACUGGAGAAGGCAUCCCGACGGGUUGGAACCAGGUCUCUGAGCACGAUGACUUCACAAGUAUCCGCAGUCGCAUUCCGAAAAAGCCAAAAUCGCGACCUGCUCGAUCAUCAACCACAAGUGAUGAAGAUGCUGAGUCAGAAGCAAGUGAAGACCUAGGUGACAUUCCCCACGACGCCUCUACACCCGGAAGUGAUGAGGGUGCCUCAGAGGCUUCGGAAAACACACCCAUGGCUUCGCUCGAGGACAAUGAUGAUGAUACUGCAGCCAUGUUCGGUGGCUUCAAAGCUCAGAACCGCAACAAGCAUGACAAUCGCAAGGUUUAUCGACGGAAAGGCAAGAUUAUUCAAGGGCAGCGCACCCAACAACGUGAGCCGGUCAGAGUUCGGCAACAGCCCACACCACCAGAUACCGACAUUGACAUGCUUGUGCGUCCAGGCGAAUGCAUUGUGCUUGACUGGAAUCUCGCGGCUCACGAUGCUUUAUUUGGAGGUGAACCGACAGCACAGGAUGAAGACGAGCCAAGAGGUAUUCCAACCUGGCGGUUUGAUAUUCCUACUAUUGAGGAUCCUGAGCUCCAGAACAAGCGCAAAGUUCGGGCUGCUCGCAAGAAGAAUGGUGUCAGCUUAGAGGACUGCUUGAAUGAGUUCGGCAAGCCCGAGACACUUUCCGAGCAAAACAUGUGGUACUGUCCGCGUUGCAAGGAGCACCGUCGAGCCGAGAAGAAGUUUGAGCUUUGGAAGGCACCAGAUAUCCUCAUUAUGCACUUGAAGCGAUUCAGCUCUCAACGAAAUUUCCGGGACAAACUUGAGAUAUUCGUCGAGUAUCCUGUCGAAGGCCUUGAUAUCACGAAGUACGUCCAAAACCCGGAGGAGGGCAAGGAGCUCGUUUACGAUUUGAUCGCAGUCGACAACCACUACGGCGGCUUGGGAGGUGGUCAUUACACGGCUAACGGCAAGAACUUCUACAACGGCGAGUGGUAUGACUACAAUGACAGCCAUGUCUCCCGUCGAGAAUCGGACAAGGUGGUCACUCCUCACGCGUACAUUCUCUUCUAUCGCCGCCGCAGUAAUCCCCCCCAUGCUCCUCUAGGCGGGUCUAAAAUGGAGGAGCUGUACGAAUCAAUGAACAAUGAGCACGACUCGGAUAUGGCCAACUCGCGCGAUCCCUCGCCAGGUGCGGGGGAAGGCCGGCGUCUCGGCGACUCCUCCCACAAUGGGUCGUCGGGGCCUGGCGCAGUAGGAGCAGCUCACCAAUCGGGAGUUGGUGGCCUGGAAAUGGGAAACCAAAAUCGCGGUCUGCAAGCCGGGAUGACAGAGGAGGACGAAACGCAGGAGACGACCAUCACGACGAAUGAGCUCGAGGACGAAGGUCUUGGAGAAGACGUUCCACCGUAUGGUUCAGACCUGGUAUGGACUGAGACGCCAGGAUGGGGUUUUGACAUCUUGAACGCCACGAACGAACCAGGGCAGCAGCCCAAUAACUCUGAUAACGAUGAAAUGUUUGGCGAUGCAGAUGCUGGGAGCAACAGCAGUACGAGAGUAGCCGGCGCUGGCAGUGAGGUGGCCGAUGAAGACCUACCAAUGUUCUCGGACGAUAUGGAGCAGGAUACCAGGAUGAGGGGUAUAAGAGAAAGUGCGCCUCCUCCAGGGACAGAGGAUGUUGUUGUCGACACAGGCGUUGGAGAAGCCGACGACGAAGACGAUGAACUGCCGGUUACGGAACUACGUGCAGGGGACGACGGGGAGCUGGCCGUCAGUUUUGCGAGGCGAUAG